AUGCAAAAUAAAGAAAUAGAGAGAUUAUAUUUAUUAAUUGAAUAUAUUCAAUAUCCAAUAAAAGUAGUGUGUUCAAAAGAAUAUGUAGAAAGAAAGAAAAAAGAACACAUUGAAUUUCUUCAAAAUUAUACGUUAAAAGUAAAUGAACCAUGGUUCAAAGAAAUUACAGAACUUCCAUGGUAUAAUAACCACAAAUUACUCAACCAAGUAACUUCAUUAAUUAAGCAAGGCAAAUUAUCUCCUAUUUGUGAAAUGGUUGAAAGUGAUGAUGAUAAUGAAAUAUGUUUUUCAUGUUUAUGUCAACCAAAAAAUAAUGUAAUAGGAUUAAAUUGGAUUCAUUGUUCACAAGCAACGUCAAACCAUUUAAUAUGUACUCCAUGUUUAUUAAAUACAUUAAGUUCAAAUGGAUUUAAAAUAAGUCUCAAUAAUUUGACUUGUGAAUGUCAGAUUUGUAAAAAAGUAUCCCCAUUAAUAUGUCAUGAACCUUCUGAUGAGACAAUUUUAAAAGAUGUUCCACAAGAAGAACUUCAAACAAAAAUUGUUUAUGGAAGAAGAGGAAAAGAAUUAAACAGUAAUUUAUAA